AUGUCUGCUGCAAAGAAGAAUGAAUGCUUGCCUGUGUCUAAAGAUUCUGAAUUUGAUCAUGACCUGGAUAACAUUCUGCUUGAGAACCUUGGUGACACAAGAACAUUGCAAGCAGUUUUUGAGCUUGAAGCUCUUGUCCUCACAGGUCAUUGCUCUGAGAAAGAUCACGAACCUCCUCGAGGUCUUCAGCUGAUUCUUGGAACCAAAACUACACCCCAUUUAGUUGAUACCAUUGUGAUGGCUAAUCUUGGAUAUUGGCAAAUGAAAGUCUCUCCUGGGGUUUGGUUUUUGCAGCUUGCUCCUGGAAGAAGUUCUGAGCUCUAUAUUUUGAAGGAAGGUGCUGAUGGAAUUCAGAAUAAACAGUCAUCAAAACUCAUUACUAUUAAUGAUUUGCGGGGUAAAGUAGUUCAUAUGGACGUAGUGAAAAGAAAGGGCAGGGAACAUGAGAAAUUGUUGAUUUCUGAUGAUGAUGAGGAUCCACAAGAUAAGAAGAAAGGAAGUGGCUGGAAUUCUAAUUUAUUGAAAUGGGCUUCUGGUCUCAUUGGUAGUGGUGAACAUCCUAAAAAUUCUGAAACCAAUGCAACAGAGAAAGUAAAGGGUGGACGUCGUGGAAAAACUAUUAAUAUAUUUUCAAUUGCUUCUGGACACCUAUAUGAACGCUUUCUAAAGAUUAUGAUUCUAAGUGUUCUAAAGAAUACACAUCGUCCAGUUAAAUUCUGGUUCAUAAAGAACUACCUGUCCCCUCCUUUUAAGGAUCUGAUUCCUCGCAUGGCUCAAGAGUAUGGUUUUGAAUGUGAAUUAAUCACGUACAAAUGGCCUACGUGGUUGCAUAAGCAGAAAGAGAAGCAGCGAAUAAUUUGGGCAUAUAAAAUUUUAUUCUUGGAUGUCAUUUUUCCCCUUUCCUUGGAGAAGGUCAUUUUUGUGGAUGCUGAUCAGAUUGUCAGGACUGACAUGGGAGAACUUUAUGACAUGGAUAUAAAAGGAAAACCUCUGGCAUAUACUCCAUUUUGUGAUAACAAUAAGGAGAUGGAUGGCUAUCGGUUUUGGAGACAAGGUUUCUGGAAGGAUCAUUUGCGGGGGAAACCGUACCAUAUUAGUGCUUUAUAUGUUGUUGACCUGAAGAAGUUCAGAGAGACUGCAGCUGGAGAUAAUCUUAGAGUUUUCUAUGAAACCCUUAGCAAGGAUCCUAAUAGUCUUGCCAACUUGGAUCAGGAUCUUCCUAAUUAUGCUCAGCAUGUUGUGCCCAUUUUCUCUCUGCCACAAGAAUGGCUUUGGUGUGAGUCAUGGUGUGGAAAUGCUACAAAAUCAAAGGCGAAAACAAUUGAUCUGUGCAACAAUCCCAUGACAAAAGAACCCAAACUUCAGGGUGCGAGACGAAUAGUAUCCGAGUGGUCGGACCUUGAUUUGGAGGCGAGUAAAUUCACUGCACAAACCUUAGGUGACGAUCUAGAACCUUUUCCAUCCCCUAACCAAUCAAAGGAUUUGAUUAGCGAAGGUGCAUUCAAAGAGGACUUGGAAUCCAAGGCCGAGUUGUGA